AGCAAUGCCUGGACUUCCUUGCUCUCACUGAGACUUGGAUAACACCCUCCAACACAGCCACCCCUGCAGCUCUCUCCUCCGCCCACUCCUUCUCCCACACACCCAGAUCUACUGGAAGAGGUGGUGGGACAGGUCUGCUCAUCAACCCCAACUGGACUUUCACUCUUUACCCACUGCCACACUUCUCUUCACAGUCGUUUGAAUUUCAUGCUGUAACUGUAACUCACCCAGUCAAACUAAUCAUUAUUGUCAUCUACCGUCCACCAGGCCCAUUUGGACACUUCUUGGAGGAACUAGAUGUCCUCCUCUCAAACGUCCCAGAAAAUGGCCCACCACUUGUUCUUCUUGGUGACUUCAACAUCCAGUCAGAGAAGUCAUCCGAUCUACUAUUUCUACUUUCGUCUCUUUCUCUCUCACUUGCUCCUUCUCCACCAACUCACAAAGCUGGCAACCACCUUGACCACCUUGACCAACAUUCGCUCUCUCUCUCCCUCCUCUCUCUCCUCAACUGUUCUAUCAGCACUUCCUUCAGCUGACUCCUUCUCCCUCAUGCAUCCCAACUCUGCCACAGACACAUUCCUCUGUACUCUGUCCUCCUCUCUUGACUCUCUCUGUCCUCUUACUUCACGGCGGGUUCGUAAGUCCUCCCCAGCCCCGUGGUUGUCGGACUCAGUGCGUACUGAGAGAGCCACGAUACGGGCAGCAGAAAGGAAAUGGAGGAAAUCAAAACUCCCUGACGACCUGCUUUCCUAUCACUCUCUUCUCUCCACCCUCACUGCCUCUAUCUCUGCAGCCAAACAAUCUUUCUAUCAGACUAAAAUUCAAUCCUCUUUCUCUAACCCCAAAAAACUUUUCUCGAUCUUCUCUAACCUCCUUGAUCCCCCCACCCCCCCUCCUCCCUCCUCCCUUCUACCAAUUCACUUUGUCAACUACUUCACAAAGAAAGUAGAUGACAUUCGCUCUUCUUUCUCAACCCCACCUCCUGAUCUCACCUCUCUACCAACCACUAAUUCAGCUCCUUCUCUAUCCUCUUUCACCCCUCUAUCUCAGGAUCAAGUUCUUUCCCUAAUAACCUCUGCCCGCCCCACCUCCUGCCCCCUUGACCCUAUCCCCUCUCACCUUCUUCAGUCAAUUGCUUCUGAUCUUCUGCCUUUCCUCACCCACCUCAUUAACACAUCUCUAUCAUCUGGUUGCUUUCCGGACUCUCUUAAAGAGGCCAGAGUGACCCCCCUCCUUAAAAAACCCACCCUUGACCCGUCUGAAGUAAAUAACUACAGACCUGUCUCUCUUCUUCCUUUUCUCUCCAAAACUCUGGAGCGUGCUAUCUUUAAUCAACUCUCCUCCUACCUUCACCGGAACAACCUUCUUGAUCCUCUUCAGUCUGGUUUUAAAGCAGGUCACUCGACCGAAACUGCACUCCUUGCUGUCACUGAGCAACUCCACACUGCCAGGGCUGCCUCUCUCUCCUCUGUGCUCAUCCUCUUGGACCUUUCUGCAGCGUUUGACACAGUUAACCACCAGAUCCUUAUUUCCUCCCUUCAAGAACUAGGUGUCUCAGGAUCUGCACUUACCCUACUCUCGUCCUAUCUUCAAAACCGAACAUACAGAGUAACCUGGAGAGGAUCUAUACACCAACUCUCUUGGUUCUGUUAUUCUCUCUCAUGGUUUUUCCUAUCACAGCUAUGCCGACGACACCCAACUCAUCCUCUCUUUUCCCAGCUCCGACACAAAUGUAGCAGAACGGAUCUCCGCUUGUCUGACCGACAUCUCUCAGUGGAUGUCUGACCAUCACCUGAAACUCAAUCUCAACAAGACUGAGUUUCUUUUUCUCCCAGGAAAGGGCUCUCCCACCACAGACCUAACCAUCACCCUCGACAACUCUGUGGUAACUCCGUCUCAUACCGCAAGGAACCUGGGUGUGACACUUGAUGACCAUCUCUCCCUCACUGCCAACAUUGCUGCAACAGCUCGAUCUUGCAGAUACAUGUUGUACAACAUCAGAAGGAUACGGCCUCUUCUAACCCAGAAGGCGGCACAGGUUCUGGUCCAGGCUCUUGUCAUCUCACGCUUGGAUUACUGCAACUCCCUCCUGGCUGGUCUCCCUGCGUGUGCCAUACGACCCC